AUGCCGCACAUCGAUGAGGAUAUCAAUCUGGAGGCGAAGGAGCUCUGGCGACCUUCGUCCCCUGAGAAAACGCAGAUUUACGAUUUUAUGACCAAAGUGAGCACUAAACAUGGGAUAUCCAUGUAUGAUUACAAUGCUCUUUGGCAAUGGAGUAUCUCAGAACCCGCCAAGUUCUGGGAAGAAAUUUGGCACUACACAGGAAUCAAAGCCCAUGAACCAUAUCAACAGGUUCUCGAGUCUGACAAAGUGCUUUUCCCUCGGCCAGCAUUCUUCGAGGGCAGUACUCUGAACUUCGCCGAGAAUCUCCUGUACCCGGCAAGCUUGCCGGAUGAGAAUUCGAUCGCUGUGAUCGGCGCCACCGAAGCUGACCGAGAAUUCAUCUCUUGGAGAGAGCUUCGAGAACGAGUUCGAAAAUGCGCCAAUGCACUCAAGGAAGCAGGGUUGCAAACCGGCGACCGCGUAGCCGGUUUUGUCGGCAACCAUGCCAACACUGUCGUGGCCAUGCUGGCUGCAGCCUCGAUUGGUGCUUUCUGGACAGGAGUUUCCCCAGAUACAGGCGUGCAUGCUGUUCUCGAACGCCUCAAACAGGUUGAGCCAAAGGUUCUCUUUGCCGACAAUUCGUCAUUGUAUAACGGCAAAGUGCAUGGGUCUCAUGCCAAAGUGCGUGAGAUUGUGUCUGAAUUACCUGAUUUGGAGGUUUUGGUGGUAUUUGAGACUGCCAAGUCCCUCGAUUUCAGCCUCGACCAACUUCGCCCGGAGAAUGGCAAGGCCGUGACUUAUAAUGACUUCGAAGCUGCCGUUCGGGACCAAUCAGCACCGUUGGAGUUCGCAAGCUUGAGACCCGAUCAUCCAGUGUAUAUUUUGUACUCUUCAGGCACCACAGGAGCACCGAAACCUAUCGUGCAUGGGUCUUUGGGCACAUUGUUGCAGCACAAGAAGGAGCACCUUCUUCAUUGCGAUAUUCGACCUGGUGAUCGGCUGUUCUACUUCACAACAACGACUUGGAUGAUGUGGCACUGGCUAGUGUCUGGCUUGGCAAGUGGUGCUACUAUUGUCCUGUAUGAUGGGUCCCCCUUCCGGCCUUUCGAUGUCGAGGGAGGCAAUGGAGAAAUGGCCAUGCCCCGUCUCAUCGAUGAGCUACAAAUCACCCACUUUGGUACCUCAGCCAAGUACCUCUCAAUGCUAGAACAAGCGGCGUUAAACCCCCGCAAACAUGCCCACCGACCAGUCUCCCUCAGCACUCUGAGGGCAAUUUUCAGCACUGGGUCUCCGUUGGCCCCAUCGACAUUCGAGUAUAUUUACUCGUCUAUCCAUUCGGAUGUCAUGUUAGGGUCAAUUACGGGUGGUACAGACAUUAUUUCUUUGUUCUGCUCGGGUUGCCCAAUUCUUCCCGUCUACAAAGGCGAAAUCCAGUGCCGCUCCCUUGGCAUGGCGAUCUCCGUGUUUGACUAUGCCGGGAAUGAUAUAAGUGCCUCGGGCGAGCCUGGUGACCUUGUUUGCACUGUGCCUUUCCCUGCACAACCUGUCAUGUUCUGGCCUCCGGGCCCCAAAGGUCACGAGAAAUACCGCAAGAGUUACUUCGACGUCUUCGGUCCUUCAAUCUGGCACCACGGAGAUUUUGUACGUGUGAACCCACAGACUGGAGGUGUGGUAAUGCUCGGCCGCAGUGAUGGUGUCCUUAAGCCCUCUGGUGUCCGUUUCGGGAGCGCUGAAAUCUACAAUGUACUUCUGAAGCACUUUGCCGAUGAGAUUGAAGAUUCUCUUUGUAUUGGCCGGAGGCGUGAGGGUAUUGACUCUGACGAGACAGUGGUCCUCUUUAUGAAGCUCGCCCCCGGCUGCCCCUCUAGUGUGCCGGAACUAGCGGCUCGUAUUCAGGCCAUCAUUCGCAAGGAGCUGAGUCCCCGCCAUGUGCCAGGUAUUAUUGAUGCUUGUCCCGAGAUCCCGGUGACCUCCAAUGGCAAGAAGGUUGAGAAUGCGGUUAAGCAGAUCUUGUGUGGACUCAACAUUAAGAUCGGCGCAAGCGUUGCCAAUGCUACUUGUCUUGAUUGGUACCGUGACUGGGCUUCGGCAAAUUCCUAA